AGCCAUCUCUGAGAAGAGGAACUGUGACGAUUUUGUUGGACGUGGAGGAGGUUUUAGCACUUUACCAAAUACGGCAGUGUGGGGCGUGGGACCCACAGCCCGCAGACAUAUCGCUGGAUGACGGAGGGGAUGCGCCGAGGAACUUUAAGCUUUAACAUUAUUGUGAAAUAAAACUCCUGGCUCAGAAAUCGAUUAUGAGCCAAAUGCCCACUCAGUAGAGAAGAAGGAGGAUCUGACAUUCAGUACAAGACUCAUCUUAAAUCUUGCAGGACUAUUAAAGUCACUUUCACCUCCUGACAGACUGUAACAUCCCAAUCAUGCCAUUGAUUGUGGUCCCUACUUCCCAGUUGCUCUGGAUGCGAGUAGCUGCCCUGUUAUUCAGCUGUGUGGCAUUUAGUGUCGCUGCACAUGGAGCUCAUCUGCGCCCCGGAGGCAUGGCUGACUGGUGCAUCUUCUGCUGGGCGUUCAGCUUCGCUUGCACUCUGCUGGUCCUGCUGGUAGAGUUGUUUGGCCUCCAGGCCCGGGUGCCAGUUUCCUGGUCCAACUUCCCCAUCACUGUUGCCUGCUACGCCGCCCUACUCUGCCUUUCAGCAUCCAUCAUCUUCCCAGUCUUCUUCCUUAAAUACGAGUCGCCCUAUGGUGAAACUCGUGACCAUCGCAUCGUUUCCACAGUCUUCUCCUGCCUGGCAGCGGUUGCCUACAUGGGGGAGGUGAGCCUGUCUAAAGCAAGGCCAGGAGAGGUGGCAGGUUACAUGGCUACAGCUCCGGGCUUACUGAAAGUGUGCCAGACCUUUUUGGCCUGUAUUAUCUUCAUCCUGAUCAGCAGCCCCGUGACAUACGACCAUCAUCCAGCACUGAAGUGGUGCAUGGCAGUGUACUGCAUCUGCUUCAUCCUCUCCAUGGCUGUGGUGGUGCUGUGUGUGGGAGAGUGGACCGGCUGUCUCCCCAUCUCAUUCUCCAAAUUCCUUUCGGCAUAUGGGCUCCUGGCGGUUAUCAUGUAUUUGACUGCCACCAUCCUCUGGCCCGUGUUCCAGUUUAACAAGAAUUACGGGAGAAACGAUGACUCAAAAACAAUCGCUGCAGCUGUGCUCACUGCCAUCAAUUUCCUGCUUUACGUUGCAGACCUAGUCUACAGUGCCAGGUUAGUGUUUGUCAGUGGCUGAGAAGAAGAGAGAUGUAGUGAACAAUAGCUUUGCAGAGCUAAUGUUAACCCCUCCCUAAUGUCAAAAUCCUGAAUUUUUUUAAAAAAAUCCUGAAAUCCUACAAAGGAGUCCCAGAUUUGAAAAGCCUGUUUUGCCUGUGAGUAUGUAUUUAUUUGAGUGGGAUCAAAUAAUUGCCACACAGUAUUUAAUCUCUAAUGUGAAAUGAUAUGUGCAACACAACUCAAACAUCAGCUAUCAAAGUGUGAGAUUUCACAUAAUCGUGUGGGGAAAAGUACAUUAUAUUCUAUUAAAGCCAAUAAAGUCAGCACACUGGAGCACAGGGGAGUGGCAAAAUUGGGCACUUGCAUUUCAACACGCUUUAACUGAAAGAUCAUCAUCCUUUUUGUAAUCUUUUGUUAAUAAUGCUUUAAAAUCAUAUCAGUAUCAAUAUCAUAAUAAUACCAACAAAGUGUUCUGAUAUUUGUAUUUGUUAAAGAAAUAAAGCUUUUACAAUAAAACAAAUA